AUGAAGAUCAUGAGACCUACCUCGAGAGCACCCCUGGCCAAUACAUUUGCUGAAAUCUUUGACUAUCUCUUGGGCAUCCUCAGUAAUUAUCUGAAGCUAGAUGGCUUGUUUGACAUUAUACUGAAAGUCCCCAAAGUCAAGAUCCUGAACCUCACAAAAAAUGAGGUGAGAAUAUUGACAGACAAUAGUGCAAACCACUGGCUCAAGUCCAAAGAACCAGAGGUGGAUGAUGACUUAGAGACAGAAUCCAGACCCAGUAAAAUAAGCAAAUCUGCCUGUAGGUCUACUGAACAGCUUGCCACCAUUGGAAGCAAGGAAAGGAAGACAAAAUCAUUCAAGAUCAUUACAAGCAAGGCCAGGGCAAGAGCUAGAGGACAACUUGGUACUGUCCUGGAUGCUGGAUUCAAGGGCCCUUCCAAAGUCAGGGGGACAAGUAAGACCCAGACCAAGGCAGUGGCUGCAGCAAAACCCAAAAUAGGAUCAGUGACUCAGACUAAGGCUGAGGAUGGAACAGUAGCCAAGACACUGAACACAACUCACACUGAGGCAUUUGCUGUGACAAGGGAAGUAGAAGUGAGCAAGAUGAAAGCUAUGACUAAAAUAAAACUCAUGGCUGAGACUAAUGCAAAAAUGGUGACAGAGUCUACAGUAGUACCCCAAACCAAGUCAAAGGCCAUGCCUGGGUCCAAGGCUAGUGUCAUGACCCAGUUUGAAGUUAAGUUGGGUGCUGACAAUAAGGUCAAUAUUAGGCCAUGCACAAAAGCUAACAAUAUGGCCAGUAUUAAGUCUAGACCCCAGACAAAAGACGAGACCAGCAUCAAGUCCAGGGCUGGUAACAAAGCUAAUAUUGAGGUCAAGUCCAAUAAUGAGGAUGAAGAAAAUGUCUGUUCCUGGUUUUGGACUGGAGAAGAGCCUAGUGUAGGAUCCUGGUUCUGGUCUGAAGAAGAGACCCCCUCCCAUGUUUAUAAGCCCCCACCAGAGAAUGAAGAAAAGCCCAAGUCCACUCUCAAAGCUGAACUUAGUAUAAAGGAAAAAGUGGCAGCAUGGUCAAGGGCCAGGUGCAGUGUUCUAGUCCCAAUUGAAGUAGAGGAGCAAUCCUUGACUCCAGAAAGGAAUUGGACUCUAGUUGAGACCUUGAUUGAAACUCCUCUGGGUAUUCAGCCUCUAACUAAGAUCUCAGCCUGUGGUGGACCUUACUUCCAGACCUUAGCAGAGAUUAAAAAACAGAUUAGGUUUAGGGAAAAGUAUAGGCCCCAUCCAAGAGUCUGCUGCUGCAAACCACGUGGCCUUAGUUUAGCGCCGAAAGAGUUCAAUAAACUCAUUACACUACUUAAUUUAACUAAGGAUCCUUUCAUUCAUGAAAUAGCUACAAUGGUAAUAGGUGUCAGUUCUGCUUAUCCAUUUACCCAAGACAUAAUUUAUGAUGUAGGUAUUACUGUUAUGCUUGAAAACUUUAUCAAUAAUCCCCAUGUUAAAGAACACCCUAGAGCUCUAAAUUUGGUGACUGACAGCUCUGAGUCUUCUGAAGAAUCAAAAAGUGAAGAGUCAUGUACAAGUGAAGUUUGUAAGGACACAUUCACUUAUCCCUUGAACUCCCCUGUGCAACUCUCUGAGCACCUGAGUGUGAAAUUUGAGAAUCAUUACAUGAUCAUCAGUUACAUUCCAGAUUUCCUUACCUUGUUAAACAAAGGAAGUGUUAAAACCAAGUUUUUUGUUUUAAAAGUGUUUUCGUACUUGGCUAAAAAUCAAGCCAAUACAAGAAAACUGAUCAGUGCUGAAGUGCUGUCAUCAUUACUUGCUGCCUUUAAUAAGAAUGAGCCAAAGGCCAAUAUUCUUGUUAUCAUUGGGAUAUUUGAGAAUAUAAAUGUCCAAUUGAAAAGAAGGGUAAAGCUAUUUACUAAAGAACAGUUCACUAAAUAUGAACUUAUUUCCAUAUUUCAGGAAACAAAAGAGUUUGGUCAGAAACUCCAAGACUUAGCAGAUCAUAAUGAUCCUGAAGUGAGAGAUAAAAUUAUACGAUUAAUAUUCAAACUCUGA